GUAUGGGUGGGCCCGCGCGCGGGAGAAUUUGGCGGGCUCGGGAAGAUGGCGGCAGCGCCGGCGUCUUUAGGGCGCCGGCGCCCGAGAGCUGCCGUGGGCGCUCAGUGGGAGAGCGAUCACCUCUGGAUCUGUUUGCUGGCCUUGGGCUUCGACCCGAAACACCACCGUGGCAUAAAACUAGGGAGGGAUAUGUUUGCUAAACCUAACAGCAGAGCGUUUUCUGCCCUUGCCCGCUUCUUGUUUACUAAGCUGGAUAAGCGCCGUGCAAGAAAAGCUUUCACGCAAUCUGGAGACAAAAAGCUACUAAGUCCUAGAUUUAGGAAGUACUGCUGUCUGUGGCUAAGGGAAAUUUCACAGCAGAAGGAAUUAAAUCUCCCACGGAUUACACCUUCCGCACUGAUUUGUCCUGGUGGUGCUAAAUUUGUUCAUGUGCUCUACUGUUUUGCAAGAUACAUAAUGAUUGAGAAGAUGAAAAAGCUCUCUGUAGGCACUGGUGGUAUACGUUAUGCUGAAGCUGUAAUGUGGAGACCUCGGGAUAUGUACAUAGCAAAAGCAAGACACAGAGUUGCAUACAAUAAACUGCUGCAAAAUCUUCAAAGGGAAGACAUUGUUUUUCAAGAAUACUGGAGAAAAGUAUGGAUUUUAAUUAGUGAUAUAAAGCAGACAAAGAAGGAAUAUGCAGUUGUGCAGAAGCAGUUUUACAGGAUGAAGCAAAAUGACCAAAACAAAAAUGACACAACUGAGAGAAUUCAGAAGGUCCGCAGUAUGUGGACACUUAUAAUAGAAAUGCUUUCAUCUCUGAAAAAGGAAAAGGAGGUUGUGGAUUCUGUACUUGAAGACUGCGUUAACCCAUGUAUUCUAGAUGGAACUGAUGUUGUUUUGAGUGUUCCACCGUUGUUGGUUUACCAAGUUGAAAGUAACAUACAUAGAUUUUGUACAGGAGAUUUAUAUGAAGAUGGAAAUCUGAAUUUCUUAACAGUUAUUCAGUUGCUAAAUGAAGCCCUAAUGACGUUGAGAGAUGAAUCUUGUCCAUGUGAAUUAAAAGAACUUCACAGAAUUGAGGAUGUGGCUACAUCCUACAAGAAGGCACUACAGGAGUUGAACACAGAAAGUCUAAGAAGAAAGCAAGAGCAUUGUGUGCCAGAACAUCAGUCUAUUCUCAGAAAACAGGAAAUCUGGGAAUCAAAGUGGAAAACGAUUCUUGGCCAGUGUCCUUUUAAUUUAAUCUUUAAACAUGAUCUACAACCAGCUUCAUCACUUCAGUCUUCUAGUUCUUCAGAUGAAGAUGAAGAUACUGUCUUUUAUCAGUUAUUUUCAGGUAAUUAUGACUAUCAUCAUGAAGAAUGCCAUAAGGAAAGUGAUGAGCCUUUGGAAACCAUGAUCCAUACACCAUUAGUACCCUCAAGAUGUAACUUCAUACAGCAUGGAGGCUUGUCUGCUUCUGAGGCUACAGACAGUUUUUUUGUCUCUCCCUUCUUGAGGAGCUCAUUGGUGCCGUCGUCGUCAGAAGCAUCUGAAAAUGGAGACCUGUUAAUUAAAAAUAACUUGAAUACUUGUAUAGGAAAUGAAAAACCCGUGCCUCAAAAAAACUUAAAAAAUGGAAAGGAAGAAUUCCCUACUUCAGAAAUGGAGGAGAAUGCAGGUGAAAAUGUUACCCAGCCAAAGUCUCCUGUGAAAAGAGAUGAACUUCUUGAGAAAGCCAGAGAUGAACUGGCAGAAGAGAUUGCAAAGUCGGUGAUGUCUGAGUCACCUCACAGUGGUGAAGAAAAAGGAAUGGCAUUAGAUGAUCUCAUUAGCUCACUGUGUUUUAACCCAUUUAUAACAAGGAAUCAAAUACCCCGAACUCCAGAAAAUCUGCUUACUGAAAUCAGAAGUUCGUGGAGAAAAGCUAUUCAGACUGAGGGCUCAUUAGACCUUGAGCUGUCCUCAGCUGGUGUGGUGACGGAAGAAUCUUCAAUGAAUGCUACACCCAGUAUGCAGCAGGAGGUGGACUUUACCUUUGCAUGCUCUAAACCUGUGUCUCCUGUGUUUGACUUGGAUCCUCCUGUAUCAGAAAAGAAGUCUCAAUUAAAUUCUACAGAAUCUAGUUCUCAGGAGCAGGUGAGUGUAAGUCACACAUUUGAAUCUUCAGAUGCAAAAAUGUCUGGAAUUCAAGAAAAUGAGAGAACUGAAUCUGAGGUACUAGAUUCUGCUUUGAGUGGAAGUUCUGCAGAAGAUCUAAGCCAGACUUUUCAAAAUGUAGAGAAGAGUAUGAAUACUCCAGAUAGUUGUUUGAAAAGUGGUAGUAGAACAAAUACACUACCUUCAGACCACUGUCGCAGUUCUCUAAUGGAUAAGAUGCUGUGCUGGAAUGCAUCUGUGUUAAAUUCUCUCUGUCAUGAAUCUCCUGACAUGGGAAUAUUGGGUGAGACACUUCCAGAAUGUGAUGGUAUGGAUCCCAACAUAUCUGCAGACUCAAACUCCAUUUUCUUUACAAUGGACAGUGAAAAUUUAAUGGAUGGCUCGGAAAAUAAUGAGGAUAUUAAAAAAUUGGACCUAGAUAUACAGUCCCUGUCCAGCUCACAUGAAGUGCUAAAACAGACUGCAUCUAAGAGUGAAGAGGAGCUGCAUCAAACACAUAAUAGAGACAAAUCUCAAAGUUAUAGAGCUAAACUAAGUACAAUAUCAGGAGGAGAGGAAAAUGAGGAUGAUCCUUCCAUGGAUGAAGGAUUUACCAAGAUGCCAUUGCCAAGCUCUCCUGAUGAGAGCAAACAAUCCGUGUCAUCUUUGCUGGUAUCCUGUCAACAGGUGGAUGGUACAUGAAGUCCCAUUAGACUUAAUACAUAAAUUGAAGG